AUGUCGUUUGACGCACAUACACCGGCCAUGUACUCAUUCAAGCCGUUUGUGUUUGAUCAACACAGAGUAACGAGAAGAGAAUUACUAAGAAAAAAAACAGAUCCUAAAGUAUGUUGCGACGAUAAAUAUCUCUAUAGUUAUGCAACUUACAAUGUUGAUCCAGAUGAUAAAGGUCUCGGUGACUGGUACGUCGAACUAUGGAAAUUUAAUUUGCUAACACACAAAUGGAAGCAAAUAAGGGACUCGCGGAGCCAGCUUUUAGAUAACUCAUUUGAAAUCGGAACGGUAUUUGAGGACGGCAAAAUAUUGAUAUGUUGUGAAGUUGAUACACCUCCAACAUAUUUUUAUUUAUUGCACUGGGAUUUAAAAAUAAAUGAGCUCGAAAUAGAACGAAUAAAUCGUUCAUUACCGGCGAUGGAUCAUGAUCAAAAAUUUGUUAACGAUGAUACGUAUUUAUAUGGACUGGGUAGUAGAGGCAUCGUUAAAAAUAAGAAGAAAAAAGGAAAGCCUGUUUAUUUAGACAGCUUUAAUGUCCAUAGGAUGAAAAUAAAAAGCGGAAAAUGGAAGAAUCUUUAUUUGUGCCCUGACAGCGAUCCGAAUGAUUGGGACUCUGAUGAAUUUGGUCACAUAUUUGCUUUCGAUGGAAAGCUUAUUUAUGUGCUUGAUAAUGACGAGUCGUCACGAGAGCCGCUGAAACCAACUAGAAUUUUAUCAUUCGACUUGGAAACAAAGCAGUGGGAUGAAAUGGAGAUUCACAGAGACUUAGAAAGUAAGCCAGGCAUCCCUUUCGACCGAGGCGAUUAUAGUAUCAUUCAGUACAAAGAUGAAAAAGGUGACAUUAAUGUUAUCUUAACUGGCGGUGAAACUGAUAAAUUUCUAUGCAACGAUAUAUGGAGGCUUAAUCUAAGAACAUUACAAUGGACUUGUGUAAGCAAAUUCGCUGGAGUGCUACCGUAUCGUAUGAGAAAUCAUGUUGCGGCUAUCACACCUGCUGGGAAAAUGUAUUUAGUUGAUGGUUGGGUGGUUGAAAAAAGAGGCGAGGUUGAAAAUUCAACAAUAUUUUCCACCUGGGUAACAAUUCCAAAGUUAACAGAAAUAGCCUGGGAAGCUGUAUUAUUCUACAACAAAGACUUGAAAGAAAAGUCCCAGACAGAAUUAAUUGAUCUAGGUUUACCAUCAAAAUUAAUCAGUCGACUUGUCGAUUAA